AUGAAUAAUAAUCCCUCAGUAAUUCCAACUACUAUGGAUGAGAAUUCUGCCAUCGUUUCUGCACUCACCCAUGUCAUAAGUGGCGGUAUUGACGCUGGGCCAAGUGCAGUUGUGAUCACAGAGAAUCUGCCGCAGCAAAACAUAUGUGGCCAUUGUGGAAUGAGAAUUCCAGAAGAGUGUUUGGGCUGUGAUUUAUACACGCCGGGUGGUGGAGAGGAGAGGAAGGAGAAGAGAUACAGAGGGGUUAGUUUACGGACGUCAGGAAAAUGGAGCGCGGAGAUUAUGGUUCCGGGGAAAGUGCGCAAGUGGCUGGGGACUUUCAGUACUGCGGGAGAGGCCGCAAGAGCUUACGACCGGGCCAGCAUUCGAUAUAGAGGAAAGACCGCCAAGACCAAUUUUUCGGUGGAGGAAUACCCGGAGAUUGAACCGGAAGAUAAUGCUUAA